CAGUUCAAACUCAGACACCGUGGAAGUUAAAGAAAACUAAGUCUGCUUCAGAUGCUAAGGGUCAGAGUCAAAGAAAAGGAAAGCUCCAAAAAAUAGUUGACAAACUCGCAUAUGUCAAGCAAAAGAUGGUGCAGAAAGAAAGAGAGAGUGCCAUAAGAGAUGAACUUCAAAAUCUGAGUGCAAUUUUACCUUGUAAAGACUUGAGAAAUGGUCAUCCUUCAAGGAGGGAAAUACUUGAAACUGCAGUUAGUCACAUCACGCAGCUUCAAGAAAACAUUAGAGAGGCUUAUCUCCAGAGAGGACUGAAAACAGAGGACUUGCAAGCUAUGUUACAAAACAGUGGCAUGUCCAGCUUGAACCAAAACUGUUUUCACAGCACAGCUGGGAAACAAAGUGAUGCAGCUAUGUUCUCUGAGGCAUCUAACAGCCUUUGCAGCACCCCUGAACUUGUCAUUGAAGAAAGCAUGGCGGCAAGCUCUACAUCACCAUUCUCAGUUUUAAGCAGCCAAGGGUCAGAGAUAGAAGAGGAGGCUGUAGCUCGCCCCUCUGAAAAUGAAAGCACUACUGAAACACCUGUUAAUUAUAUCAAAAGGCCCAUGAAUGCUUUCCUUUGGUUUAGCAAGCAAUACCGUGGAGAAUUCAAGACACAGUAUCCUGGCAGAGAUAACCGCGAGAUUAGCACCAUUCUUGCUAAACAUUGGAGAAGCAUGACCCCUGAGCAGAAGGAGCCAUUUAAGGAGAGAGCAAGGGAAGAUAUGAGAAGGACAAGAGAGUCAUAUCCAGAUUUCAAGUACUGCAAAACCAGGAAAGAAACAACCCUGGCCCAAGCCUCAACCAACAGAAGUGAGAAGCCAGAUGGUUGGGGUCAAGGAUACAGGAUUGGUUCUCACAAUCUACGACACAGAAAUACCAUUAUAAACACAACUGCAAAUGGCAAAGGAAAAACUCCUGUCACAAAGAAGGUAGAUGCAUCUUGCAAACAAAGUAAUUUGAAACCAAAAGGUCAUCAGACAGAAGUUAAGUCAGGAACAACUGCACCAGGGACAACAGAGAAAGCAAGCACCUCUUCUGAAGAUAACGUCAAGAUGAUAACAAAAGGAGUUACUCAAAAAGAAGAUGGAGACCAAGUUAGCAACUGUCUCAAAGACCAGAUCAAGAGUUCAUGUCAGGAUGGUGCCUCUGGAGCUGAGACAAAGUUUGAGUGGGGUUCCACUUCAUGUGACAGCUGGGUUCAGUGUGAAAACUGUAAAAAGUGGCAUAUGUUACCUGAUGAUAGUAACCCCUCCAGUUUGCCUGACAAAUGGUAUUGUUGCCAACAUGUUGACUUGCCAGCAUAGGAAGAACCAAAAUGAAAGCACAGAAGUGAUGUUUUGUUGUAGCAGUAUGAUCUGACACUCAGAUUUCCUCUGUUCAUAAUAGUAUUUUGUUGACAAGGUAGACUGCACAGCAAUCCAAUCAUCAGUGACAUUUGAUUGGUAAAUAGUAUGAAGUUCUUACCUAUGUAUGUCUGAUAGUAGUGAGAUCAUCACUUCUGUUCAAAAAUUAUCCCUAAAAACCCUCCCUUUUUUUUUAAAAAAAGAUUUCAUUUUUAUGCGAUUACUUAAAAAAAAUCCCUUGACAAGCUAAGUUCAAACCACUUGUCAUGAGGGUUUCCUUGUGCUUUCAGGUUAUUGGAAGAAAACAAGUUUCUGCUCUAAGUUCAUAUGAGAUUAUCUUAAAAUACAAAACUAGAACAAAUGUUGUGUUCAAGUGUCACUCUAAAAUUUCAUCUGGCAGAGUGAAGCAUUCAAAUUGUUUCAUUAGGAAGUCUUCUAGAUGUCUUUUAUUUGCAUUGCUUAGGGUUUCAGUUCAUGUUAUGUAUUACAAAGUGUUUUAUUCAAGAACAUUUUCUUAUGCCUUCUCAUUAAGAAGUAGUCUCAAGUAGUUCAGCUUAACAUGGUUUCAUCAGUUUGACAAGUCAAAGCUUUAAGAGAAUUUAAUUGGAAACUUGAUCAUAAACCUUUAUUAGAUAAUCAAGUUUAAGUUAUUGUAGAUCAUGUAGUCACUUUGGAUUUCGGUGUCACUUUAAUCAUCAAUAU